AAAUGCAUACUGUUUUCCUAAACAACAGGAACGUAUGCGGUCAGAUGUUUGUGAGCAUUAGGAUGUGAGGUCACAUGCCUUACUAGACUGCAUGAUAUCAGUAAGGGAAGUUUCUCUGAGAUUGUUUGCUUGCACUGUCAGAAUAAAAGCAGAACGCAAAGUGCCAAGGAUAUUACCUUUCGAAAACGUCUGAAGAAUAUCCAGAAUGAGUCAAGCUGAGGAAACCAGUACCCAUGUGACAUGGAACACUGUGAAGCUGGUAGUUUGCGUGAUACUGAGCUUGUCAUUUAUUAUUGGGACUCCUGGAAAUUGCAUUGUCAUCUGGACUGUUUGUACUAAAAUGAAGCAAGUGUCUCCUUCAGUCCUGCUGAUCUUGAACCUGGCCAUUGCAGAUAUCCUCGUACUGAUCACUUUGCCUAUCUGGAUUUACUCCUUUGCUGACUCCUGGGUUUUUGGAAUCAUCUUCUGCAAAAUACUGGUCUUCAUUAUUUACUGCAGCAUGUAUGCUAGUAUAUUUCUGAUUACAGCACUGAGCUUGGAGAGAUUAAUGGCUGUGUUUUACCCUUUUGCUGUUCAGAGAUACAGAACAAAGGAAAAGACUUCUAUAAUCAUGGUCUUCAUUUGGUUCCUGUCUGUAGCUCUUGGUAUUUCUAUCAUUCCAUUUCAAGAGACAGACGAAAUCAAUGGUGGGCAGCAAUGCACGUGUCGCAACUACUCCUCUAUUAAACAGAAAGUGUCGUAUCUUUUGCUGGAAACUCUUGCAGGUUUUGUAAUUCCUUUUCUAAUUAUAUGCACCUCUUAUGUGUGUGUUGCAAAAAGAAUAAGCAAAAUGACUUACCGGUCAAAGCAGCGAUCAGAACGGCUCAUUACCAGCAUUGUGGUGGCAUUCAUUUUGUGCUGGUUUCCUCAUCAUCUUUUCAACAUCCUAGAUAUCAUUUCAAUUGAGAUAGAGCACUCUGAGGAAAUGUAUUUGACUCUGGAAAAAAUUGUAGACAUAGGAGAGUAUAUCUCUGGAGCACUUGUGUUUGUCAGUAGCUGCAUUAACCCUCUACUUUAUGCUUUUGCUGCACGAAAAUUUCAGAAUCACCUGAGAAUUGCCAAGAUAUCCAAGCUCUUUGAACAGAUGAGUCAGACUGUAACAGACGAAGACAAGAAGAGUCAUUCUGUAGUCAAACAAGAGACUGCUUCAGUAGGCAUGGAAAAUCUCUAACAAAGAACAUAAACUUAGUUAAUAACGGGGUCCUGGGGCAUCCACUCAGUAGUUCUUACACGUAGGGACAAGUAAAUGUUAGUACAGUUUUGUAUGUUUUAAAAGAGUUGUCAGUAAAGCCUUGUUUGGUUCCUAAGCUGGUAUCCACAUCACAGAAUCAACGAUGCUGAGAACCUCAUCAAGGUAGCUGGAGGUUUGAAGUAAGGAAUGCAAUAUUUUUACUCUGCAGUAGAGUUGUGAUUUUUAGAAAAAAAUGUGGAAAACAACAUUUACAUGGAAAACAAAAUUUGGAAAUUUAAAACUUGUUUUUGUGGAGCAAAACCUGAAGUGGUCAAAAAAUCCCCAUAUAUAUAAUCUGAAGUUCUAAGUGAGCAAGCUUGGAUUCUUAUUAUGGGUAAGAAUGGAUUUCAAGAUGAUUAAUGGCACAUAAAAUUUUUAUACAGGACUUCAUUUAGGCUUAAAAGUAACAACUUUUACACAACUUCAUUUACAGAAGAAUCUUAUGUUAAUGUGAAGUAAAGCAUUAGGAAUGGCAUGCAUCUUCAGAAAAAGGUACAAGAAAUCUGUGUUUCAUGACAGUUACAGACCUCAAGCUAUACUUCAUUUAUAUACAUAACUCAGUGGCAACUGAACUAUUGAUAUAUCUAAUAUUCAUAGUAUGAGUAUUCUCAAAUGAUUUGACUCAGUUGAGCUCUCAAGAUGUCUAUUAAAGUUCUGGAGGAAUUUAAUCAAAGCCUACAGUGAGGGAAGGAGACAUCGGUGAGAUUCUUUUACAUGUAAGAAUGUUAUGGCAAUAGUAUGAAGUGCCUGAUAUCCUAAGAAUUUCACCUUGCACAUAGAAGCAUUUUUUUUUCUCUUGUAAAAUAGAGUAGAACUUGCUUUAAAGAAGCAAAUACAUUUAGGACUUGCAAGGAAUUUAUUUUUCUUUUGUGAAUGCAAACUCACUGUGAAAAAACUGCAUGGCAUCAAAUGUUUGCUUUCAAUGGGUAUUUUUAAUUUCUGUUUGUGCUUGACAUUUUUUAUACUUUCUUUUGCUUAUUUUUUUAAUCAUUGAUUUGUAAUAAGAUGAAGAUAACUACUGACUACUGAGACUUACUGUUACUAUCUUUCUAUUGUAAUAUCCUGCAGAUUGUGUUUUGGACAGCUGCAGAUAGUUUUGUAACUCACAGAGAAAUUGUGAAAGACUAACUAGAACUUAAUAUUGAAGAGCUUAUUAUUUAAGACAAGGAAAUUUGAGUUACAUCAGUUUAGCUUGUGAAGUGGAACAACACAGAGAAAUAAAUCCUUAUAUAUUAAUAGAA